CGUAGCGUAUCAAGUUGGUUGACGGUGUGCGAUCUGUGUUUUCCGAAGGAAAAAAUCAAAUUUCUCUUUGAAAUCACUUGUGAUCCGGUGUUAAAAUGUACUCAAACGAAGAGCCAUGGGAAGGGGGCUACGAAGAGUAUGGCUAUGAGAUGGGUAUGCCCGAUGAUGGUAUGUACGACCGGGGCUACUUCCCCAUGCAUGAGGACGUCAAGAAGUUCCUGGUGUACUUCUGCAGCGUUAUCAAGGAUGGAGUGGUGUAUGAGAUACAAAAUCUGUACGAGAAUACCUUUCCGAAGCUAAGCGAGCAACACUUCGAAAAGAAGGCCUGGCCAAGCGAGGAAGAAGUCGCUCACUUAGUAGACAACGAUAACUUGUUCCUAAUUCUGUACAAGGAGCUUUACUAUCGUCAUUUGCAUGCGCGCAUCCAAGGCGGGCCGUCGUUGGAACAGCGAUUAAAUUCGUUCUACAACUAUUGCAACUUCUUCAAUUACAUCCUUCCGUCCAAGGAGCCGGUCCAGCUGGAGCUGCCCGACAUAUGGCUGUGGGAGUUGAUCGACGAGUUCGUGUACCAGUUCCAGAACUUUGCACAGUACCGCGCUCGGUUGACGGAUAAGUCGGAAGAAGAGAUGGAUAUGCUGUUGAACAAUAACAGCAAAGUGUGGAAUAUUCUGUGCAUUCUGAACGUUUUGCACUCACUCGUGUCGAUGUCGAAAAUCAAGGAUCAGCUGGAAGCGACGGCUGCUGGAAAGGAUCCGGAAGAAGUCGCUGGAGAAUUUGGGCGCCAUUCGUUCUACAAGAUGCUCGGAUACUUCAGCUUGGUAGGGUUGCUAAGAGUGCAUUCGCUGCUUGGCGAUUACCAUCAGGCGAUCAAGGUGUUGGAACCGAUCGAAAUCCAUAAGAAGAGUCAGUACUCGCACAUUCCUUCGUGCCAGAUCAGUACGUCGUAUUAUGUUGGAUUCGCAUACAUGAUGAUGCGCCGCUACUCGGACGCGAUCCGCACAUUCUCGUCGAUCCUCCUCUACAUCCAGCGCACCAAGCAGCUUUACAGUGCGCGUUCGUAUCAGAACGACCAGAUUAACAAGCAGACGGAUCAGAUGUACCAUCUGCUCGCUAUCUGCCUGGUGCUGCACCCGCAGUGUAUCGAUGAAUCCAUCCAGCAGGUGUUGCGCGAGAAGAACUACCACGACAACAUGUAUAAGAUGCAGUGCGGCGAUUUGGACGUGUUCCGGAACUUUUUCGUGUUUGCGUGCCCCAAGUUCGUGUCGCCCGUGCCACCCCCGGCAGAUGCACCGAUUGAUGACUACGUGAAGGAGGCUCUCGAGCACCAGAUCACUGUAUUCAUGGACGAGGUAAAACAGCAGCAAGAACUUCCGACAAUCCGCUCCUACCUGAAGCUGUACACCACGCUUCCGAUAAUGAAGCUCGCCUCGUUCAUGGAUCAUCUGCCGCGUGACGAUGUCGACAAGCAGAAGCUGGAAAGUUUGCUGACCCGGCUGCUGUGCUUCAAGCACAAAAUGAAGAACGUCGUGUGGACGAAAGGUUCGAGCGGUUUGGAAGGCAAGUUUCAGUCCGGAUCGGAAUUGGACUUUUACAUUGAUAAGGACAUGAUUCACAUCGCUGACACGAAGGUAUCUCAUCGUUAUGGUGACUUUUUCAUUCGUAAGAUAAUGAAGUUUGAGGAUCUUAACCGUCGUCUCCACGCAAUCAAGGGUUAGGACAAAUUGGUUGGGAAAAGGUUUCGUUGUUCCAUUUAAAACACAAUACCAUACUCUUUUGCAUACCAGCAUUCUGGAUAGAUUUGUGUUUCGUCAAGUCGAGUAGUGCAUUUGUGGCGUAAAAUAAAAAAAAAUAAUUGGUAAUAUAAAGAAAAUAAAAUAGGGAGCUGUAAAUGAGUAGAUGGUAACAUGGGAGUAAUAAAUUGUGCUACCACUGAGGAUGGC